UCAUAAGACGAUAGAAUUAUUGAAUAGUAUUGGUGGUAUUCAAAGGAUUUAUAAUUACAUGGAAAAUACACCAGAUCCAAAACUUUUUGCGGACGCUUUUGAUGUUGUUAUUUGUUUUGCUGAUAUUCUUGUUGGAAGAAAGGCAUUAUAUUUGAAUGGAAUUGUCGAACAUUUGAUUAAUACGUUAGAAAAAAAUGUACAACCUGAUAUGUACCCAACAAUUUGUUAUGGUAUUGGUAAAAUGGCUUUAUAUGGUCCUGCUGCUCAAAAGUUAUCCAACGAAAAUGUUAUCAAGAACAUUUUAAAUAUAUUAAAGAAUGAUAAUUUAAAAUGGCUUACGAGGAACUCGGCAAUAUUUGCGCUCAAUGAAUUAUUCAAUUACAACGUGGAUAAUUGCAAGAAUUUCUUACAACUACGUGGUGAAGAAUAUUUAACAUGGCUGAUUAAACAACCUUACGAAAAUGUACCAUUAGAAAUUCGAUUGUUAGCUGUUCAAACAUUGAUCACUAUAGGACAUCAUUCGACACUGAGGAAUUUAAUGAUUAAAGAAAAUACUAUAGAUGCUUUGUGUACAUUAUUCGAGGCAUAUUGUUCAACUAUGGACGAAUUGAAAGUACUUUCUUGCCAAGCCCUUUCAAUGUUCUGUAUUGAUAACAUUGGAAGAGAUGCAUUUCUCAAAGUUCAGGGUUCGUCUAGAUUACAUUAUUUACUCUCAGAUUUGCAUUCUAUUCCGGUAAGAAAUGCUGCAGUUCAAUUGGUUCAAUUAUUAAGUGUUGAUCCAGUUUUGGCAAAUGUAUUUGUACAGACAAAGUAUUUGUCCUACAUGUUAAAUAAUCGAGUCUCGUCAAGGGUCAUACCUUCAUGGGAUACUUGUAUAGAAGCUCUUUUUAAUUCUCAUUUACCAGCCAAAUUUGCAUUCACUGGUCGACUUUCAUUACACGAUAUAACUAAAGAUGGUUUUUAUGUUUUACGUCAGAACGUUUGUCCAUUCCCUGUACUAAACGAUUUAUUUCGUUUCAAAUUGUGUCCCUUGGAACCUGUUUAUGUAGUGAAUACAGCACGAUCUUAUUCCACGAUUCCUACAAAUAAUAUUAGUGAAAAAGACAUAGAGGAUGCUAAAAAUUUGAUUGUAAAAGAGAAUGCUUCGAAAGGAAUAUUUGUUUCAGACAAAGUUUUAAAUAGUUGGUUGCAUUUAAUGUUUGGUCGAUUGCAAUUAGAUCCAUAUCUCUGUGAAUAUAUUGAACUUUUAAAGUGCAAAUUGGUAGCUAUGGAAUCGAAAGAUUUAAUAAUUAAUGAAGAACCAAAUUUGAUAAACAUUAGUAACAUCGCAUCGCGUGCAAAAAUGUUGGCCGAGUUCGUCGCACGUCAAAUGUCAGGACCUGACCCUAGUAGCACGUGCAUGGAUCAUCAAUUAGAAGUCCACUUAAAAGAGAUCAAAGAAUCCAUAGGAACAAGCGUGAUUCCUCUCGGACAGCUGCGUGUCGGUUCUUAUCUAGAAAGAGCAGUACUUUUUAAAGUAUUAGCUGAUAAAAUAUGUCUUCCAACCGCUUUAGUACGAGGAGAAUACGGAACCACUUGGGUGGAGAUUGCUAUACCACAAAUCGAGGUACCACCCGAAGACACUUGCUUUUCCAAAUAUCUAACGAAAGAAGGACCAUGUACCGAUUGGAUCGUAAGAAAUAUUACAUUAGAAAAUAAAUCAUCGAAGAAAUCAUUGUCUGAGGAUCAAAAUGUAAGCAAUAUCGUCGUACCUCAGAAAUUACAACAAUCAAUCUUUCCAACAAAGUUAAUGAAACCUAACGUUAUAGUAGAUUUGAUAGAAAAACCUGGUCAAUUUAUACCAAUCCAUAGCGAGUUGGGUAAAAGAUAUAGAAGUAAAAAAAUCGUUUGUGAUUUGAUAUGUGAUUUGCCUGGAUCAUAAGAUUUAUUUGGAAAAAAUUAUUUUUCUAAUUCGUUAAAAAUUUUAGUUUUUCAUCGAACGUGUUACAAUUAAAGAAUUCUUUCCCUUCUUUUUUCUCGUAGAUUUAAUUUAGAAAUAUUACUUUUGUAAUUUGUUAACAACGUUUGUUCCUGUUGUUAUAAAAAAAGGAUUCUUGUUCUUUAAUUCGAAGAAACUUGAUUUCGGGAUUGACAAUAUCAUAAAUUAUAGAUAUCUCUUAUGUAUUAUUUAUUUUAAUAACAAAAUAUAAAAUAUUAUUUACACUCGUAUCAUUGCGUUUGGUGUAAUUAUCGCAAGGCUAUUAAUUAAAGCUCAGUAAUAUAAUAACGAAGUUGUAACAAAGAUAUUAUUGAUGAACGUUGCAUGCCAUUUUAUUAUAAUUAUAAUGUAAAAUAACAUCAAAUGUGUUAUAUCGAAAUACUGUCAGAAAAAAUAAUGAAAUUACGUGUAUGUGUAAUAAAAAAAAAAUGACGCGUUAGAAAAGGGUGAAAAUGUUGACGUAGCAUGAAAUCAUGAGCAAUUAUAAAAAAAAAAAAAAAGAA